UUUUAUUUAUCAUCUUGUCUAUGUCCACCAGGAUAAUUUGAUGUUGGAUAAUUGGAAUGUGCAAAAUGUCACUAUUCUUGUUUUUAAUGCUUUGAUAAUACAGCUGAAGGUUGCAUAAAUUGUUCAAUUGAUUUUCAUCUUAGAGUGUUAAAAGGAAAUACUUGUAAAUGUAUUGAUGGAUAUUAUGAUGAACCAGGAUCAUCUAAAUGCAAAAAAUGCUCAUAUAAAUGUGAAACCUGUGAAGAGUAAGCUGAAAAAUGUUUGAGUUGUCCUUUAAAUUAAUUACGUACUUUUGAUUCCACUACAGGUUGUCUUUGUCCAGGAGAGUAUUAUGAUUAACAAAAUGUCAUAAUUUGUUAAAAAUGUCAUUUCAAAUGCAAAAAUUGUAGUGCCUAAACUGAAAGCUCAUGCCUCUCAUGCGAUCCAUUGUCAUAUAGAGAAAUUAAACUUUAAUAAUGUAAAUGCUAACCACAUUAUUUUGAAAUGGAAGUUUAGGAAUGUGCAAUUUGUAGUGCUCUUUGUUAUGAAUGCGUUGAUAGACUUGAUAAUUGUACUUCAUGCUAUGAUGAUAGAUAUCUAAUUGGAAAUAAAUGUUAAUGUGCUUCUAAGUUUUAAGGGGCUUCGAUAAGUACAUUUGAGUUUAAUGGUAUGUGCCAUUAUUCUUGUGCAACAUGUGGAGGAAAAGAAGAAAUAGAUUGCAUUUCUUGUAUUGACACUGAUAAUAGGUAUUAAGUAGGCAAUACUUGUGUUUGCAAAGAAGGAUAUUAUGAUGCAGGAUUGCCUGUCUGUUAAAAAUGCAGUUACAAAUGUAAAGGAUGCUCAAAAUAAUCUGAAUAUUGUACUUCUUGUUAAGAUAAUAGUUUAAGGUAGUUAGUUUCAGAUUUUAAAACAUGCAAAUGCAAUUAAAGAUAUUAUGGAAUGAUGGAUAAAAAUGAAGUUUGUUAAUAAUGCCAUUACUCAUGCCUUAGAUGUAAUGACAUCGACACAAAAUGUGAAUUAUGCUCAUUUGAAUCAAAUAGAAUUUACAAUGAUUAACUAUUUUCUUGUGAUUGUGAUUUUGAAAUCUGUUAAAAAUGUCACUAUUCCUGUUUAAAUUGUAAUUCUGGAUAUUCAAGUUCAUGUAUUUAAUGUGUUGAUUCUAACAUUUCAAAUAGAGUAUUUUAUAAUAACACUUGUAAAUGUUUAUUUGGAUAUUUUGAUGAUGGCUAAUCAAUUAAAUGUUAAAAAUGUGAUGUUUAAUGUUUAAGUUGUAUUAAUCAAUCUUAUUAAUGUUUAUCAUGUCCACAAACAAGGAAAUUAGAAACUAAUUGUAAAUGUUAACAAGGAUAUUAUGAUAUUGGAUUACAACUAUGUUAAAAAUGUAAUUCAAUUUGUUCUGCAUGUGAAUUUACAUCUAAUAAUUGCACAUAAUGUGAUUCUGAUUAAUUUAGAGAACUUAAUGAAAUUACUAAAACUUGUGAUUGUUAAAUUGGUUAUCUUGAACUUAAUGGAAUUUGUUAAUAAUGUGAUCAAAGUUGUAAAAUAUGUUAGUAAUAAUUGAAUCAUUGUACAUCUUGUGUAUAAUUUAGAAAAUUAAAUAAUAAUAAUUGCAUUUGUAUUGAUGGUAUGUUUGAAUCAAUUUAAGAUAAAUAAUGUAAGUUAUGUCAUAAAACAUGUUUAACAUGUGCUUAUUCAGAUUAAUAUUGUUUAACUUGUUCCGUUGAUAAUUUUAGAAUAUUUAAAUCUGGAAAUACUUGUGAAUGUAUAUAAGGAUACUAUGAAAAUUAAAUAACUUAUGCAUGUGAAUAAUGUUCAAAAUCUUGUUUAACUUGUUCAUAAUAAUAUAAUAAUUGUUUAACAUGUGAUACAACUCUUAAUUUAUCUUUAAUCAAUAAUCAAUGUUUAUGUUCAUAAUCCUAUUAUUUUAAUUCUUUAACUAAUUCAUGUUAAUAAUGUAAUAUCACUUGUUUAGAUUGUUAAAUUCAGAAUGAAUGUACAUCAUGUAAAUUAACAACCAGACAUUUAGAUUAAGAUUAAAAGAAAUGCAUAUGUAAUGAUGGUUAUUAUGAAACAAACUAAGCAAAUUGUUAAUAAUGUCAUUUAUCAUGUGAGACUUGUAUUAAUAUCGAUACUAAUUGCUUAAGUUGUAUGAGUAUAUCGAAUAGAAUAUUAACUAAUAAUUAAUGUUUGUGUAUAUAAGGAUAUUAUGAUGCAGGAAUUGAAAUAUGUUAAAAAUGUAAUGGUAAAUGUAAGACGUGUUAAUCCUCUGCUUUAACUUGUUUAUCUUGUUAUCAAAUUGAACAAAAUAGAUAUUAAUCAACAGAUAAAUGUUUAUGUAAAUCUGGAUAUUUUGAAUCAAAUACUGAUAUCUGUUAAAAAUGCUCAAACGAAUGUCUAACAUGUUAAGGUUCGCCUGAUUAUUGUACAAGUUGUGAUACCAAUUCAAAAAGAAUAGAUUAAUCAUUUAUUCACAAAUGUCCAUGUAUAAUUGGAUUUUAUCAAGAUCAAAAUUAGAUUUGUUAAAAAUGUCAUUAUAAAUGUUAAACUUGUAUAAAUGUAAGUGAUUAAUGUUUAAGUUGUAAAUUUGAAUUAAAUUCAAACAGAAAGUCUUUGUCUGAUUAAUGUAAUUGUAAAGAAGGUUAUUAUGAUGAUGGAACGUAAUCAUAAUGCUAAAAAUGCAAUGUUAAAUGUAAAAGUUGUAUAAAUGAUUCAAAUAACUGUUAAAUUUGUUAAAAUUCAAUACGAUUUAAACCCCCAAUGUGUAAUUGUAUUGAUGGAUAUUAUGAAGAUUCAUAAUUGACAUGUUAAAUGUGUGCAUAUUAAUGUAAUACAUGUGCUACUUAACCAUAAAAUUGUUUGACUUGUAAACCAGGAAGAUCUGGAAAUGAUUGUAAAUGUAGUGAUGGAUAUUUUGAAAAUGGAUCCAUAUUAUGCGAUUGUAUUAAUUAUUAACAAUCUCAUAUAGAAUGUGCAUUUCAAUGUGAUACUUGUAGUAAUUCAUCAUCGAAUUGCAACAAAUGUAAAGGUAAUAGAAUUUAAGAACCUUAAUGCAUAUGUCAACCAGGCUAUUUUGAUGAUCAAUUAAAUGAAGAUUGUUAAUUAUGUGAUAGCUCCUGUUUGGAAUGUAAUAAAUUUGGGUGUUUAUCUUGUAAUGCCAAUAGAAUAAUAAAUGAUGAUAUGAAUUGCGUGCCUCCACCAAAUUCAAUUUGGUAUUAUAAUACUCCUUGGUGUUCAACUUGUUAAGUUGCAGUUAUUAAAGUAUACUUAUCAGAUGAUAUCAGGAGAAUAAUUAUUCAUUUUGAUUUCGUUUUAAAUUCAAAAUCAUUUAAUUCAUAAUUUGAAUUAAAUAAAUGUUUGUAAUUAUUUGAAUUAGAAUCUGUCUCAAAUUUUGGGUUAAAUUGUUAAUGCUUUCUUGAUCCAGAUGAUAAUAAUCAAUUAUUUAUAACUUUAGGAGAAAACUCAAAAAUAAAUGUAGGUGAUGAAUUACUAUUUCUAAGUAAUUCUUUAUCUCAUGUUAAUUGUGAAACUACUUUAAACAAGUUUAUUUUUCCAACAUUAUAAUUGCCACUAAACCCAUUGGCUCCAUAAAUUGAGUAUAUUGUACCUUUACAUAAAUUGAAUCCUUAUACAGAGAACUCAGUUUAUUUGAAAUCAAUAAAAAACUAUGGAUUUAGAAAAUUAACUAAUAUCAACUGGACUGUUUAAGCAGAAACAAGCCAAAUUACAGUAUCCUUGAGCGAUUUCAUUACAUAAAUCAAUUUACUUUAGGAAUAAAAUUUACUUAUACCCAAACUUACAUUACCUGGUGAUGAAAUUCUCAAAUUUAAGAUCUAAUAUGAAAAUUUCAUUAAUAUUCAUUCAUAAUCAGAAUUUACAAUAUAAACUCAUUCAGGAUGCCUUCCAUAUAUUGAAAUAACUGCAAAACCUUAAUAUUUUGUUUAUGAGACAAUUACUAUAAGUUUAUCUGCUAACACUAUGUAUUAAUCAAAUGAAACGGAUAGUUCUAAAUAUUAGAUUGAAAUUAGUGAAAUUGAUAGAUAACCUUAAAAGUCAUCGUCUUCACAAUUAAAUAAAUCCUUGUAAUCAAAUCCUUUUGAAAAAAAUUAAGCAAGCAUUCUAAAAUAUACAUUAAGCCCUAAUACAACUUAUACAUUCUAAAUUAAUGCAUCAAAUUUAAAUACUAAUAAGGCUCAAUAAUAAAAUUUGAGUAUCUACAUUCCAUAUGCUGGAUUAAUAUGCAAAUUUAACAACAAAGGAAUCUAGAGUAUUAGAAAGGAUCUCAAUUUAUAGAUAUAAUGCAGAGAUUUAGACACAAUAUAUGAUUGGAAUACUGAUCCAGAUUUGUAUGUCCAAGUAGCCUCACUUGCAUAAAUUAAUUAAAAUAAUUAAUUAAUGUCAAUGUUACAGAUACAUUUUAAUUUAUUAAGAAGAAUUCAAUUUCUUCCUUAACUGUGUAGGAAUGGUCAGUCAUAGUAACCAAAUUUGACUAAAUUUACAAAUUUACAUAAAUUAUCGUUUUUCUUGAGGAUGAUUUCCCUGUUUUUAGAUUUAGAAUUUAAUGAGGGUUAUUUAAUGAGACAAGUUAAUAAUUAUGAAUAGCUGAAUUUUACAUUUCUAAUCCCAUUCAAUUAAAAAUCUUAGUUAUUAGAUCUAUCAAUUGCACUUAUAUAUAACUAUCAGAUAAUAGCAAUACUGUAACCUAAAUAUUUUUCUCAUUAAUUUAAGUUAUUUAAUAGUCUAGAAGAGUUAAAAUUGGGGAAUAACAUAAAUCUUAAAUUUACAGCAUAAUAUACAAACAAUAUCAUGCCUAGUCUAAAUACCAUAAAACUGACUAUUAAUUAACCUCCUAUCUGUUCAAAAUUAACUAUUACUCGUUCUAAUGAUUAAGCACUUUCAAAUAUGAUGGUUACAACUACUUGUUAAUACUCAGAUGAUUCUCCUUAUAAGUACGAACUUAGAGUAUUUUUGAGAGAAUAAGAUUUAACAGAUUUUUUGAAAGGUUCAUCUGAUAAUUCCUUAAUUUUUUAUCCUUAUUAGUCAUAAACCCAAUUUUAGAUUUUAAUUUCCUACUUCAGUGGAUUCUUCAAAAAUUGGGCUUUUAUUAUAAGAGGAUCAACAACUCCUAUUUAUGAGUUAAUUACUUCAACCCCUGCAAAAAUUAAUUGUUCCUAAAUAUAAUUUACAAAUUUGAAUUUGUAAAACAAGAUUUCUUUGUUAUUUGAAGCAAUGAAUUAAAAAUGUAAUUAGUUACAUAAUUAAAUUUAUCUUGAUUUACUUUACUAAUAAAUUUUGCCAGAUUAGAACGAUAACAUCCUAAAAUUUUAAGCUAUAAAAUUAUAUAGGUAGUUUUUAAUAUAGUUUGGAUAGACCAAACCUAAGAAUCGAUUAUUAUUUGAAUCAAAUUAAAAAGGAUGCUAUGAUAAAAAUUCAGGUCGUUUCUUUAUUACAUAAAAUGAGGAUGAAUCUAAUUCAAAUUCAACAACAAAGAUAGAAGAGUUACAAGAUAAUGUUAAGAAAUUAGAUUCAUCAUUUAAAUAUUUUAGAGGAAUGAAAAAGUAAAGUGAAGAGGGGCUCAAUCAAAAUAAUUAUGUUUGGAAUCAAGAACUUUUCUAAUAACUAUAAAACUUUUAAGGAGGUUUAACCAAUCUAUUAUACUUUGUUGAUGAAUUGUAUUCUAACUUUUUAUCAGCCAAUACAACAAAUACAACAAUUUACUCAAGCAUUGUGGAAUUGUUAAAGUAUAAAAGUACUAUUACAUAUGAAAUAUAGAAUAAUAUUGUUGUUAAUGACUAACCAUUAUAUAUUGAGGGUAAAGAUAUGAUUUUUUAAUUAAAAAAAAGAACAAAAAAGAUAUUCAAUUAAUAAUUUAACGUUGAACCAACUUUUGAAGACUACAUAAUAGAUUUUAUUCAAUAUGAAUCUACAUUUCUUUCAAUAAAUCCAUUAAUAUUCAGUCCAGAGUAAGAUAAAAUACUCUAAUAACAUUUUAAGGACAAAACUAUGCAAAUAUUGUCAGAUAAUUAUUACUUAAUCAAAUUAUUCAAUGUUAUUUAAAACAGAUAUUUAAAAAAUGAAAAUAUUUCAUCUUAAUUUGGCACUAAAUUUGGAACAUAUGAGAGCUGUUCUAAUUAAACAUAAAAAAUUAAAGAAUAUGAGAUAUUGUGUAUUUCAAGAACAGUCUCUGGAGGAUUCAGUUAAUGCAAUUUAAAUAAGAUAGAAAACAACGAAACUAUUGAAUUAACUUGUAAAUGCUAGAAUUUUGGAGAAAUAUUUUUGGUUUCUUCUACAAAUUUUAGUGUAGAUGUAUUCAAUAAUAGCACAGAAGAAACUAAUUUUACUAUUACUUCAAUCAAAGAUGAUUUCUUUAUUUUGAUUAUUUGUACAAGUUUGUUGACUAUUAUACUUUUUGGAAUUUAUAUUUUUUAAUUAAUCAGGGAUUUGAAAGAUAAUUCAGAUGAUGAAAUGUUAUAAGAAGUUUGUAGUGUGAAGGUCGAUGUAAAUAAAAUGAUGUACAAAGGAAGUUCUACACUUUUCAAAUAAAAAUUCAAAGAAAUACAUCAAGUCAUUUCACUUGUUAAUUAUAAAGACUAGUAAAUUAAAUUUAGUUAUAGAAUUUUAGAAGUCAUAUCCUAAAUUAACUUAUUGUUAACAUUUAAUAUUGUAGAGUUUUACUUCUAAAGUCUUAACAAACCCCUCAUUUUUGCUUUUAUGAUAGUUAACCCUAUUAUUGUUUUUAUUCUGAGAAUAGCUUAUAAAAUUAUUGAAGCUAUAUACAGAUUCAGAAAUAUUCCUGCAAUUAUUAGUUCGUUCAUUCUAAUCAUAUUAUUGAUAUUGCCCAAUAUUGUCCUCUUUAUUAUGUACAGAACUAGAUCGGAAGCUCAAUCAGAAAUAUAUUUAAUGGCUAUUAUCUUCUUCACGAAUAUUCUAAUUUCAUAAACUAUAAUUGAAGCAAUGGCAAUAUUUGGAAGAAUUUCAAUUUAUAGAUAUAUAGCCUCAAGCCUCAAAUAAAUGGAAUUUAAUCCAUUAUUUCAUUUGAUGCAUUUUUUCGUUCUUCACAGUUGUCUUGAAGAUAUUUAUGACGAAUUCUUAAAAAUUUGAAAUGAUACUUUGAAUUA